CCGGGCAUGCACAUGACGUGGCGGGUGUGCGGAGUGUCACGGACGCUGACAAGUGGACGCGCACUCGCGGACCAACUGACCGAGCAGUCUUAAUCGCUCCGCGCCGCAAGCAAAUUGCUCGUCGGGCGCGCAACAUGUGCCUCGAGUUGCUCUGAUUGUACACAGGGAUAUCGCCGUCAAUGCCGUGUGGCUCAUCAGCCUGAUUAAAGGAUAUGGACCCAGAGAAUGUAGGCAAGGAAACUAUUCUAAAAGUGACAGAUUGGUUGCGUGGAAUUUGGGAAAUGAGACGACGUGCCGGCGGACCAGUUCAACAAUGGAUUGACUCCAUACCAUCGACCUCCAAGUCGGACAUUGUCAUUGCGAGCGAGUGUCGAGAACAUAGUCCGAGCUAUGAACAUAAACUGUUAACACCAACCGAGCCUAAGAACAUUCCACUUUCUAAGGACUUACAGUCUCCAAGCAUGACCGUAUCAGCGCCUAUUAAUGUUCCUAAUUCUGCAGCAAUGAAUACAUCGGUAUUACCAAGUUCACUUCCUCAUCAGAGAUUGGCGCGGGAUGCGAGUUUUCAGUCGGACAGCAGUCACUGCAGUAGCGUCGAGAGUUUAUUAGAAUUGCGAAAGGCAGAUCCGGCAGCGAUUCUGUUCGAUCUUGGCUUCGGCGGCCCAUUAAGAGGCAUCGCCGUAGACGAGUUUCUUAAGCAGCAACAGGAGACCACCGAAUCUUUUGAUUCGAUAUCUUUAGGAUAUAGAGGCCUAACGGGAUCGCCAUAUGUAGCCCCAUCGGAAAUUGUGCAAAAAAUUAUGGAACGCUUGCGGGAACAUGACAGCCAUGAAGUGGAUACGAGUUUGUAUAAUUAUGACCAGUACAGUUCAUUACAUCAAAAUGGAAAAUUCUCUGUACUAUCUCCUGAUAACAGGCAGUUCUUGGAACAGCCACGUUCCAAAAGCCCUGAUAUGCACAACAAGCGUAUGAUCAUAGGGCAAAAAUCAUUUACUUUCGGAUGCGACGGAAAUUUAAUUGAAAUAUCUACCGAUGGUACAAAACUUACGUGCGAUUCAGUAAAUGGUCAUAAUAGCUCACUGGAUGCCAAUGAAACUAUAGAAUUAAAGCAAUCGUCUCCAGAAGGAAGUAUGACAUUCGAACACCGAUAUCUUUCAAAGUAUGACAAAAGGCUAGCGAAACAAUUGUCGUUUGAUGAUACUGUCGAAUUUGCUGAAACCAACCAAUUAUCAAAAGAUGAUCGGGGGACCUCGAAUAGUUUAAAUAUUGCUCAAAGUGGCACAAAUAUAGAUGAUAGGGAACAUGAAUAUAAUACAACAAAUACAACUUUUAGAAAACACGAGUUUUCUGAUACUCGAAGGGCUAGCGAUGGUUCGUUUGACGCUAAACUCUUAAAGAAUAAACUAUUUUAUGAAAGGAGAUUUAGUGAUAGCGCAAUGCGUAUUGCUGAACGUCAAAAUAAGGAGCAUACGUUAACGCAAAAGAGGAAAAGUCUCAAAAGACAGUCUAGAGUAUGUGAUACAUCUGCAAUGUAUUAUUGCGAUUUAAGUCCUAUUAGGUCUAGCAUACCGAGUAUAGUAAUAAUAGAACCUAAUGAAGUAGAUAAUGAAGUAUCGAGUGGCGUAACUGAUAGUGCACAAUUAAAUAUACCGAAAUCAUUCGAGCCAGCCGAAGAUAAAACCGAUCUGGAGUUAAAAACGGAGACGGAAUUUUCGUUUAGUAAAUCUGAUUACAUGCCUCCGCCAUCAAAUGUUAGUGAAUCUAUCAACAGAUUAGACCGCUUUCAAACCGCAUCGGAAGAUUCGGCAUCUAGUGAUCAUUCUUGUACGGAAGAUAAUCAAGUUUGUUGUUACAAAGGUAAAGUAUGUAAAGAUUGUAAGCAUGGUAAAAACUGCCCGGAUUGUUGUUGUUAUGCUAACAAACGGAAAUAUCGGAAAAAGAUGGAGAAGAUUAUGCAAGAAAAUAAGAGAUUAGAGGAUAUGCUAGCGAGAAGUAGGAGAGAGGUGGCACACAUUCGUGAUAUGCUAAGCAGUGUGUUAUCAGUCAGGAUGGAACCAGGAUUUUAGACGGAUUACUUAGAGCAAUUGCCAAUUUUGGUAAAAGUAAUACUAUCAUCUUGUGAUAUGGAGGAAGGGGGAGGAAAUCAAAUAUUUUUGAAGUUUACAUUUUUUAACAAAUGCUAUUUCUGAAAUGUACGUACCUAAGAACAUAUCUUUCAUCAUAUUUUUUUAUCUAAAACUAAAGCCGAUA